ACGCGCAGUGCCAAGGGCAAGAUGGCGGCGCUGAGGGCGCUCGGGUGGCUCCGGGGGGCACCUUCGGGGCUGCGGGCGGCGGCGAGGCUGGGCCCGGCCCCGGUGCGGUCGGCGUGGCAAUGGCAGCCCGAUGUGGAGUGGGCGCAGCAGUUCGCGGGGGCCGUCAUGUACCCGAGCAAAGAGACCGAGAAGUGGGUGCCGCCACCCUGGAACGACAAGGACCCGGUGGCUCACAGGAAGGUCUCCAGUUUAACCAUCAACUUCGGGCCGCAGCACCCGGCGGCGCACGGCGUCCUGCGCCUCGUCAUGGAGCUCAGCGGGGAGUCGGUCAAGCGCUGCGACCCCCACAUCGGCCUCCUGCACCGCGGCACCGAGAAGCUCAUCGAGUACAAGACCUACCUGCAGGCUCUGCCUUACUUCGACCGCCUCGACUACGUGUCCAUGAUGUGCAAUGAGCAGGCCUAUUCCUUGGCCGUGGAAAAGCUGCUCAACAUCCGCCCGCCGCUGCGGGCCCAGUGGAUCCGGGUGCUCUUCGCCGAGAUCACGCGCCUGCUCAACCACAUCAUGGCCGUGACCACGCACGCGCUGGACAUCGGCGCCAUGACCCCCUUCUUCUGGAUGUUCGAGGAGAGGGAGAAGAUGUUCGAGUUCUAUGAGCGCGUGUCGGGAGCGCGGAUGCACGCUGCCUACAUCCGCCCCGGGGGGGUGCACCAGGACCUGCCCUUAGGGCUGAUGGAUGACAUCUAUGAGUUCGUGAAAAACUUCUCCAUCCGGAUAGAUGAGGUGGAGGAGAUGCUCACCAACAACCGCAUCUGGAAGAACCGCACCGUCGACAUCGGUGUCGUAACAGCAGAGGAGGCUCUGAACUACGGCUUCAGUGGGGUCAUGCUCCGGGGCUCGGGAAUCCAUUGGGAUCUCCGGAAGACCCAACCCUACGACGUCUACGACCAAGUGGAGUUCGACGUCCCCAUCGGUUCCCACGGCGACUGCUAUGACCGGUACCUGUGCCGCGUGGAGGAGAUGCGCCAGUCGCUCCGCAUCAUCCUGCAGUGCCUCAAUAAGAUGCCCGAGGGCGAGAUCAAGGUGGAUGAUGCCAAGAUCUCGCCACCAAAGCGGGCAGAGAUGAAGACCUCCAUGGAGUCCUUGAUCCAUCACUUCAAGCUCUACACCGAGGGCUACCAAGUGCCCCCCGGGGCCACCUACACGGCCAUCGAGGCCCCCAAGGGGGAAUUCGGUGUGUACCUGGUGUCCGACGGCAGCAGCCGCCCCUACCGCUGCAAGAUCAAGGCACCGGGGUUCGCUCACCUGGCCGGGCUGGACCGCAUGUCCCAGGGCCACAUGCUGGCGGACGUGGUGGCCAUCAUCGGCACACAGGACAUCGUCUUUGGUGAAGUGGACCGGUGAAGCGACAGCCCCAGCUCCUUGUGCCCCAUUGGGGGGGCCUGGUUCCCGCCCCCCCACUGCACCCCCUUUUCCUCUGCUGCCAUUAAUAA